AUGUCGCCACCACCACGCAACAGAAGAAAUGGGGCUGCUGGCCAGGAACACGACCUGGAGGCUCAACUAGAUGAGACUUUUAGUCCUGAUAAGACGCGCAACAGUAGAAAUGGAGUCACUGGUGAGGACCGCCACCCAAAUGCUCACUGGAACGAGACUUUCGAUCGUGGCAACCCGAAGAUUGAGAACGACAAUUGUCACCUUCAGCCCACCCGAUGGUGGUUCCUAUCCUCUGUCUUUCCUAUGAUUGCUGGCACAAUUGGCCCCAUAGCUUCAGCAUUCAGCAUCUGUGCUCUAGUUUCGCCAUGGAGGCAGCACUUUAUUCAAGGAGGAGACCCUGACUCAGCGCCAUAUAUCCCCGAUCCAGCGUGGUUAACGGCAAUAAACGCCGUUCAACUGGGCAUUGCCAUCAUCUCCAACUUCUUCCUACUCUUCAAUAUGGCAAGAAGAAUUCGCUUUGGUAUAGCACAGCCCAUUACCAUAGUGGGAUGGUAUUUCUCCGCGAUUGUCCUGAUUUGCCUGCUCUGUACAGGCGCUGGGCCACUUGUUGAAGACCUCCCUUUCCCGCGGGAUGAGAUGAUCUGGUCUCAAUCAUUUUAUUACGGUAUCUGGGCAGCCAUACUCUACUUUAUCGUGGCAACUCUCAUGAGUAUCACAUUUUGGGGAGCCUAUUCAGGUCACUACCCAAAGGAUUUUAUUCUGACUCUGAGUCAACGCACUCUCAUGCUACAGACUAUCUCGGUGCUUGUAUAUCUCCAUGUUGGGGCGGUCGUUUUCAGCAACAUCGAAGGCUGGCGAUUUCUAGACGCCGUAUACUGGGCAGAUGUCACUCUCUUCACUGUUGGCUUUGGUGACUUUACUCCUACGACAAAUCUUGCAAAGGCGCUGAUGAUUCCAUACGCCAUCGUUGGAAUAAUAAGCCUGGGUUUGGUCAUUGGGUCUGUUAGAGGUCUAACUCUCGAAGGCGGAAAACGCAGAGUCCUGGCACGUAUGGAGGAAAAGAAGAGAAGAAGAACUGUUCGCAGCAUCACACGGAAGGGGAAUGACGAUCUUCUAGAGCCUAUCCAAGAGGAACCCGGAUUACCACGCAUGCCGACAGAUCAAAGCAACAAAAGCAAUAAAAGCAUCAACAGCGAAUAUGAGCGACGCAAGGCAGAGUUUGCUCUGAUGCGCAAGAUCCAAGCCAUGACAUCCACACGGAGAAAAUGGAUGGCUCUAGCCAUCUCCGUCAUGGUAUGGCUCGUAUUUUGGCUGGUCGGCGCCGUGGUAUUUAUGGAGGCAGAGAAGCGCUACCAAAACUGGACGUACUUUGACGCGUUUUACUUCUCUUUCAUAGCAUGGACAACCAUCGGCUAUGGUGAUUUUACACCCGUGUCUAAUGCCGGGAAGUCCUUUUUUGUCUUUUGGUCCCUCAUGGCUUUGCCCACCAUCACGGUGCUCAUCUCUCAUGCAGGCGACACCGUCGUAAAGAUCAUCAAAGACAGCACCAUCCGUCUGGGAAAUGUCACCAUUUUGCCCGAUCCAUUAAUUGUGGAGUCAAAGAGGCAUCACCUCCAGCGGUUAGCCCACAUUAUGGACCAGCUCGAGGAAGAAGACCUUUCUGAACAAGAGAAUGAAGAUGAGAGAGAUGAGAACGGAGAUGAGACAGGUGAUCAGGAAGAUGAGAGAGUUCGACGGUCUCUCUCUCGCCUUCGCAGCGCGCACCAAAAAAUUCCCACAGGAGCUGACUUGCAUUUCCUUCUCAUUUCUGAGAUUCGAGCUGUUGCUAGCCAUCUGAAGGCGUCCAAGAACCACCAUUACGAUUUUGACGAAUGGGCGUGGUAUCUGAAACUAAUUGGUGAAGACGAGCAUAGUCCGCAUACGCAUACCAAAGCAAAGAUCAAGGCAAAGAAGCACAAUGAUAAUUCUCCCGAAGAUAGUGCAAAUGAAGAGCCUGUGAAAUGGUCGUGGGUUGGCCAUCGCAGCCCUUUGAUGGGAAGCCAAGGGGAGAGUGAGUGGAUAUUAGAAAAGCUUACGAAUAGGCUGGAGGAGUGUCUGUCGGCCGAGAGCAGGCGGCAACGAGGUCAGCGUAGAGAAAGUCGAGCCCAUAUUUAA